UACAGAAGCCACAGUGCCAUUGAAGGUAAUUAUAGAGACAGUAAAGUUCUUUGAUGCCAGAAAAAAAUAAAUGCUGGGUGUCCCACAGAAUUUCAGAACCUGACUUCAAAAGGAUCAUGGAGGAAGGAAAUAAAGUUUAGCAUGCUGGACUACUCUACAGCAUAUAUUCGUCAAUGGAAUUUUUCUACAUAUCAUAUCACCAACAUGAGAAAAAAAUGAUUAUUGUUGAUUUGAAGCUUGAAAAAUGAGCAGGCGGAACUGUUGGAUUUGUAAGAUGUGCAGAGAUGCAUCUAAGAGGCUCCCUUCAAACCUGACUUCGGAGGAAGUAUUACAGUGGGCACAGUCUUUCGAAAAAUUGAUGGCUACAAAAUAUGGGCCAGUAGUCUAUGCAGCAUACUUAAAAAUGGAGCACAGUGAUGAGAAUAUUAAAUUCUGGAUGGCAUGUGAAACCUAUAAGAAAACUGUGUCACGAUGGAGCAGAACUUCCAGGGCCAAGAAGCUUUAUAAAAUUUACAUCCAGCCACAGUCCCCUAGAGAGAUUAACAUCGACAGUUCGACAAGAGAAACCAUCAUCAGGAAUAUUCAAGAACCCACUCAGACAUGUUUUGAAGAGGCUCAGAAAAUAGUGUACAUGCACAUGGAGAGGGACUCCUAUCCCAGGUUUCUGAAGUCAGAAAUGUACCAGGCGCUUCUGAAGACCAGUCGUCCCAACAGCAACUCCUGACCACCACUCAGACGUUUCAACUGAAGGUGGUAUAUUCAAAGUACUGGGCUUGUUCUUUUAAUAUAAAAAACCCAUAAAAUCAGAAAUAGAGUAGGAAUGAAAUAGAAGAAAUUAAACUGUCAACAAGGAGAAACAGAUCCCAAAAAGGAUGGACUCCAGGACUCUUAUAACAUGAACAACAUAGUGUAUGACACACAUAUGUAGCUCAGUUAAUACAUAAGAAAAAGGAAGGUCUUUCUUCAUGACAUCAAAAUUAUAAAGUUAUUACUGUAGAAGUCAACUAAUGGAUGUCUCCUUAUUAAUGAAAUUUUGCUGUCAUACUACCCAGAUCAGUUCUUUAAAAACUGUAGCUAAAUGAGCUGUGUCUCUAGCAUGAACGUAUUCUUUACAGUGCUCAUAAUAACUUUAAUUACUAGAUAAACUUGGUACUCAAAGUACAAUCAGCUGUACUGUAUGAUAAGCAAUAUAAAAAGAUGUGUUCUUGGAAGAUAUUUUAUCUGUAAAAUUCUCCUUCUAUUAUGUCCAUAACUGAACUUCUAUACUGCAUGUGUCUCGUACAUGUGAAAAAUUCCAAGAGUCUAAGCUAUUUAAACAUAUGAAAUUCUUCAUUUACUUCUAUAGUUAUAUAGGGUAUAGAUUUUGGUUCCUAUGUUUUGCGAAUUUUUUGCUAUCACAAUUUGAAUCCCUCAUGGUCCUGAUAAUCAGUAAAUCCAAAUAUAAACUAAAAAGUUUAUAAAUAUAUGACUUUUUUCCAAAGACAUGAUAAAGUUGUUUUUCCAGUAAGACUAUUUUUAUUUGUCCUGUCAUAGAAGAUUCUUAGAAUAUCUCAGAAGAUUCCAGAAGAAAGAAUCUCUAUUUCACUUGCUGCACUCAGCAUACGGCGUAGGGUGACUGCGCCAGAGGAGUGGGCGAACACUCCGUGCUUUUGAUAAAGAGUAAGAUACCUAAAAUACUUAAUCACAGUUUUUUUUCCAAAGAAUUAAGUGUAGGAAAAAUUUUAGUUUUACUAUGAGAAAAGUGUUUCUCAGAUCUCAAAUUUGACUGAAACAGCAUUACUAUUUCCAAAUUACACUAAACCUAAGAUGCAUCACAUAAAAAUGAACAUUAAAUGGAAUUAUUCUCAUUAAGCAAAGAAUUAUUAUAACACAGAACCAAUAUUUGGAGUUUCAUUUCUGAGAAGGAGAAUCAGCUUUGCAAAAGAACAUUUUUUUGUUGUUAAAAAGUACACAGUUGGUUAACAGGGCUCCAGUCACUUGUAGGAGGUGUUACCGCAGUGGUCCAAUUCUACCUAACCCACUGAAUUAUUUAUUUUCUUUUAAAAAUACCCAUGUAAGAAUACAGGUUAAAGUCUUAGAUCUCUGAACAUGACAAUGAUCCCCAGCCACAAUAAGCCAGGAAAAAAAAAGUUUCCACAUGUUUCAAACAGUCUCCACAUCUCACUCCACCAGCAGUCUAUUUAUGGGCAAGUCGGAAAGCUCAUACACAGGUGGCCGUGAUGCACGUGGUUUCAAACACCUGGGGCCCUUCUCGUUCACCUUGUACUAAGUCAGCCAAGCACCGGCAGCACAACAGAUUCUCAGCAUCCUCUGCUGCUUAUUCCUCCCCCUGUGCUGCAAUACGGGACAGGCCAGAGUUUUCAGUUCUGCUUGUGCUUUUGCCGCCUGGUGAUAAGGAACAAAGAGCUCUGGACGGAGGCGCAAAGCAACUGGACCAGUGCCUGUUCACUCACCUGAUGUCUUUGUACCUUCAGCACCAAGAGGCCGCAGUUUCCUCAUCUAUCAAACAAAAAAUGGGACUAACUGAUGGAGUGGGCCCCGUGCAGUAUGUUCUAUUACAUCCUGUUACUAAUGAAUUCAUCAUUUCCCUCAGGCUCAUUCCUACAAUACUCAGUUUGAAGAGUAACUCCUCCCAAAGUUGACAUUUUCAUGGGACAGUGGAUAAUGAACUACUCAUUUCGUGUUUAACAUUGGUUAAGGGAGUUCUGAAAUUUUCUACUAGGAACUGAGAAUUU